CCACACACUCAAACCACCCCUUUUAUUGAAAUCCUGAGCUUCCAUUGUGCUCACUCAUCUCUUACAACGAAACCCUCUUCAUCUUGUUCUAUCUGUGACGAGCAUCAUGGCCUCAAGAGCAGUGUUAUUGUUGGCUAUGUGUGUGCUUCCGGCGAUGGUUGUGGCCAUUCGCCCAGCAAAGAACCCUUUUUGCGUGAAGGGUCGUGUCUACUGUGACCCUUGCCGUGCUGGUUUUGAGACCUCAGCUACCACCUACAUUGCUGGUGCUGAGAUUAUGUUGCAAUGCAAGAGCAGGGUUAGCAACGAGGUUGUGUACACGAAGAAGGGGUACACCGACUCAACCGGAGCAUACACAAUGUACGUGGAUGAGGAUCACGCAGAUCAGAUCUGCAGUGCCAAGCUUGUAAGCAGCCCUCACCCUCAAUGCAAGGAAGUCACCCCAGGCCGCGACGAAGCCGUCGUGAUUCUCACCCGCUACAACGGCAUUGCCUCCGACGAUAGGUUCGCCAAUGCCAUGGGCUUCAUGUCUCAGGAGGUUGCUUCUGGCUGUGCUGAGAUCCUCAGGCAAUACCAGGAGUUCGACAAUGAGAAUUAAUUACGUAAUUAAUUUCAGUAUAUUAUUAAUCUACUUCCUAAUAUCUCUUGAUGUGGAGUGUUAUCUCGACAUUUUCAUAUUAUCAUGUUAUAUAUGUUGAUGGAACGACCCUGCUUAAUUUUAUAAUUACAUCAAGAUCUGUCCUGGACUUGAGGAUGGUAGCAGUCUAUUUUGUGUCGUUAUAAUAAACUAUUCUUUUAUAGCUGCA